AUGAAUUUUCCGUGUGGACCGUUAGAUUCGAUCCAAUUAAUUGCACUUAUUCUAUUUGGACUUCUUACUCUGCAAUGUCUAUUAGGUAUUGGUCUUGGCAUUGGUUUUCUUCUUCAACCACCUUUGUAUAGUACUGUCAUUAAUCUUAAUUCUGCUUUUAAUAAACAAGCCUAUUUUUCAAUUUAUGCACCUCAUAUUCUGUUGAUAAUCGGUAGUGGUAUAGUAGCGUUACCCAUUAUCUUGGGUAUAUUUGGUAUAUUAAGGCGUCGUUGGCGUUAUUUAAUGAUUUGUCUUGCUUUACUUUCACUCUAUAUGGCAUGUUUGUCAGGUGCUGUUGCAUCAGGUUUUGCCUAUUUCGAUCAACUUGAACGAAAUCUUCGAAGUGAUUCUAUAAACUAUUCAACAAAUACUAUUUGGACACAAAUUAGUUCAACGUAUAAUUGUGCUAUAAGUAGCUGUGUUACACAAUUAGACAAUAUAAUGCAUGAAAAUAAACAACGUAUUGGAAUUAUUUCAUCAGUUUUUCUACUUGUACCAUUAUUGACAUGUAUUACCAUCAUAGCUCAUAUGCGUCGCGAUGUACUUUACUUUAAAUGA